UCCACCACCACCACCACCACCAAGGCGGAGCCAGUCACGGUGCUGACAUAGCCUCCCCAUCUGAGUCACCCUGUUUCUCUUCCAAGCUCCUUCAUCAAACAGAGGUCCUUCCCUAGCUAGCCUUACCUCUCAGGUUCUGUUUUAUACACAAGACAUAGACCAAAAAUGAGUCGCAGGAAUGGUCCAAAGCUAGAGUUGAAGCUGAACCUAUCACCACCAAGGAUGAAUCCAAGAGUGGAGUCACCAAGCAGAUCAGCAACAGUGUCACCAACAUCUCCGCCAAGUUCCUGUGUGUCAUCGGAGAGGAACCAACAUGACAACCUCAGGUACUCAAGCAGUCCUGAGGCAACGUCCAUGGUGCUGGUGGGGUGUCCCAGGUGCCUCAUGUACGUGAUGCUAUCAGAAGAUGAUCCCAAGUGUCCCAAAUGCAAGAGCACUGUUUUGCUCGAUUUCCUCCAUGACAACACCAAUCCCACCGCUGCAGCAGCCGCCUAUGACACAAGGAGGAGCUAGAGUAGAGCUGGCUCUCUUCAGAAAAAAAAAAAAUGCUCUUAUUAGGACUUAUGCUAUAUCUGUCUUACCUUAAUUUUGUAGGAUAGCGCUACUAGUGCUCCACCGUUUUUUCCUUUAUUUUCAUUCCAGAAGACAUGAACUAGCAGCAACAUAAUCAUCUAAGGGUGGAGCACCAAUAGCACUGCUCUUUUGCCAUUUUUAUUAAUUUCCCUUUUUUCCUGCUAUGAUUGAACAUAGAAGAUGGCAAUAUGAGCAUGGUAAUGGGAUCCCUCUGUUUCAGUUCUGGCAUCUGUUUUUCUUCACUCUUUUAGCGGAAGACUAUGUAAACUGUCCAUUUUAUCUUAUUAGUUCAGUAAGCGGAAAAAAUACACUUUUCCUUCCCUG